AUGUCAUCAAUUGGUCAAAGAUUCUCUAGAUUAGCAUCUAAUCCAAAACUUUUAGUCUCGGUUUUAGCUUCUGUUGCUUCCAUUGGGUUAGCACUUAAUUACUCUGCUCCACAAUAUCCUAUUUAUAAUCAAGGUGGCAAAACUUUUACUAAUGGUGAUGAAUGGAUUGAUUUAAAAUUAAUUAAAUCAAUUGAUUUAACUAAAGAUACUAAACAUUUAUAUUUUGAAUUAAAGGAUAAAGAUGAUGUUUCAGGUUUAAUUACUGCUUCUUUAUUAUUAACUAAGUUUGUUACUCCAAAAGGUAGUAAUGUUAUUAGACCUUAUACACCAGUUAGUGAUCUUGAACAAAAGGGUGUCAUUGAAUUUGUGGUUAAGAAAUAUGAAGGUGGUAAAAUGUCUAGUCAUAUUCAUGAUUUAAAACCAAAUGAUACUUUAUCAUUCAAAGGUCCAAUAGUUAAAUGGAAAUGGGAACCAAAUCAAUUCAAACAAAUCUCUUUAAUUGGUGGUGGUACUGGUAUUACUCCAUUAUAUCAAUUAGUUGAUGAAAUCACUAAGAAUCCAAAGGAUAAUACCAAGAUUGAUUUAUUCUAUGGUUCUCUUACUGAAGAAGAUAUUUUAUUAAAGAAAGAAUUAGAUGCCAUUGCUUCUAAACACAAUCAACUUAAAAUCCAUUACUUUGUUGAUAAGGCCACUCCAACUUGGAAAGGUGAAACUGGUUAUAUUUCGAAAGAAUUCCUUUCAAAAGCUUUACCAGGUCCUUCUGCUGAUACUAAAGUUUUUGUCUGUGGUCCACCAGGUUUGUACAAAGCUGUUUCUGGUCCAAAGGUAUCUCCAUCGGAUCAAGGUGAUUUAACUGGUGUUUUAGCUGAUUUAGGUUAUGCUAAAGAAAAUGUUUUUAAAUUUUAG